AUGGGCUUCAGCGGGAGCCCGCCGCCAUACCUCUCUCUCGUCGUCGGCAGCGACGAAGCAUUGGGCAACACGAGGACGAAGAAGCCGGUGGCCGCUUCUGCCUCCAUGAGAGGAGCCAGCUUUGCCUCUGGAGGCUCCGGUGUUCUUGACUCCACGGGAGACACGAUCAACAUGACGAAGCAGAUCGAAUACUUCUCGGAUCUCAAAGACCAGAUGCUGUCAGCCAGAUUGGGUGCCUUCGGAGCAUCGGCCUUCCUCUCCAAGUCCAUCUUCCUCAUCAGCGCGGGCUCGAACGACAACAUCGACUUCUUCUCGCAAGACACAUCGCCGGACUCCACCGCACUCCAGCAGUUCAGGGAAGCCGUGGUCUCGACAUACGAUAGCCAUGUCAUAACGCUGUACAACCUUGGGGCGAGGAAGUUCGCGGUGAUCGACGUGGCGCCCCUCGGGUGCUGCCCGUACUGGAGGAGCCGGAACCCGUCCGGGGAGUGCGUCGAGCCGCUGAACCGGCUAGCGAAGAGCCUCAACGAUGGGAUCCGGGACCUGUUCGCCGGCCUCGUCCGCGAGAUGCAGGGCAUGGAGUACGCCAUUGGCAGCACCUACGAGCUCGUCUCCCGCAUCGUCCAAGACCCGCAGUCUGCAGGAUUGACGGAGUUGAAGAGCGCGUGCUCUGGACGUGGCGGCAGGUUCAACGCCGACGGAGGGUGCACCCCCAGCGCCGGCUACUGCAGCGACCGUGGCAAGUUCCUCUUCUGGGACUUCCUGCACCCUACCCAGGCCACCUCCAGGCUCGCCGGCCGAGCGUUCUACGACGGGCCGGCACGGUUCGUCGGCCCGAUCACCUUCAGGGAACUGGCCGAGACGUAG